AUGUCCCUCAGCAACCUCGCACAGGUCUGCUCCUCCAUUACCAAUGCCUCCAAAGCCCGCCUCUCCAUAAUCUCCAUCUCAAACACAAAGCUACACCUAAAACUCUCCAUUGCCCUCCGGAAUGCCGGAUUCAUCUCCACCGUCGUGCUAGGCGGGUGCCAGCCGCCCCCACAACACAUUCUUCUCAAGAUCCCAGCUGCCAACGACGAGGUCGAGCCCAUCGAGCCCGUCACGACGGCAAACAUAGCGUCGCGGCGGCUCUGGUUGGGACUGAAGUACUGGCAGAAUGAGCCGGUGAUUACCAAGAUGUCGAUGGUGAGCAAGCCGAAGAGGAGGUUGACGCUUAAUGUGCCCAAGUUGAGAUAUAUCGUGCGGGGGAACAAGAUGGGGACUGUUGAGGGGCUGAGGUCACCGGGGGAGUGUUUGUUCUUGUUGACUAAUCGUGGGAUACUGGAAGCGAGGGAAUGCGUGGAGAAAAUGACGGGGGGGAUUCCAUUGUGUAGAGUUGUUUGA